AUGGCUCACAGGCCGAAGAGGACUUUCCGGCAGCGCCGAGCCCACUCCAGUGAUAGCGAUGACGCCGAGGAGCGGUCUGCUGAACCCGAGGCUCCGGGGGAGCAGGCGGCCCCGGGCCCUACAGAGGAAGGGCCGCCCAGUGGCGGGGGCCGCGCGGAGGUGACGGACUGGCGUGCUCGGGCCCGGGGCCCUCGCGGUCGUGGCCGAGUGUGGGCAAGUUCCCGGCGCGCCGCGGGGGCGGCUCAGCGAGCUGAAGGCUCCGACGUCCCAGAAUCCAGAAUGGUUGAUCUUUCAACGGAUGAAGAGAGUGAAACACAUCAUUCCCCAGAAAGUAAAGAUGAUCACAGUUCAUCAUCCAACAGCUCUAGCUCUCUGGAAGAGGAAUUUUCGUCAAUAGUAAAUAUCCCUGAUGCAGCUUUUAUUCAGGCAGCCCGCAGGAAACGUGAAUUGGCCAGGACCCAAGAUGACUAUAUUUCUUUGGAUGUAAAACAUACCUCUGUCAUCACUGGGAUGAAGAAAAGCAGUGAUGAAGAUCCUGAGAGUGAGCCUGAUGACCAUGAAAAGAGAAUACCGUUUACCCCAAAGCCUCAAACACUUAGACAAAGGAUGGCUGAUGAAACAACACCUAGAAAUGAAGAAACAAGUGAAGAAAGUCAGGAAGAUGAAACUCAAGAUAUUUGGGAACGGCAGCAGAUGAGGAAAGCAGUUAAAAUCACAAAGGGACGAGACCUAGAUCUUUCCUACAACAGUGAAUCUCAGACAGUGAAGAAGUUUGAUACUUCCACUUCAUUUCCACCAGUAAAUUUAGAAAUUAUAAAGAAGCAAUUAAAUACUAGGUUAACACUGCUACAGGAUACUCACCGCUCACACCUGAGGGAAUAUGAAAAAUACAUACAAGAUGUCAAGAGUUCGAAGAGUACCAUCCAGAAACUAGAGAAUUCAUCAAAUCAAGCUCUAAAUUUUAAAUUCUAUAAAAGCAUGAAAAUUUAUGUGGAAAAUUUAAUUGACUGUCUUAAUGAAAAGAUUAUCAGCAUCCAAGAAAUAGAGUCAUCCAUGCAUGCACUCCUUUUAAAACAAGCCAUGACCUUUAUGAAACGCAGGCAAGAUGAAUUAAAACAUGAAUCAACGUACUUACAACAGUUAUCACGCAAAGCUGAGACAUCAACAAAUGGAAGUUUGGCUGUAGGUGAAAAAACUCCAUGGAUUUUGGAAGAGAUUGAAUCUCGAAGGUCACAAAGAAGACAAGCAAGGGCACUUUCUGGGAAUUGUGAUCAUCAGGAAGGGACAUCUAGUGAUGAUGAACUGUCUUCAGCAGACAUGAUUGACUUCCAAAAAACCCAAGGUGAAAUUUUACGGGAUCACAAGAAGAUUUUUGAAGAUGUACAUGAUGAUUUUUGUAAUAUCCAAAAUAUUUUGUUGAAAUUUCAACAAUGGCGAGAAAAGUUUCCUGAUUCUUAUUAUGAAGCUUUCAUUAGUUUAUGCAUACCGAAGCUUUUAAAUCCCCUAAUCCGACUUCAGUUGAUUGAUUGGAAUCCUCUUAAGUUUGAUGCUGUAGGCUUAAAACAGAUGCCAUGGUUCACAUCUAUAGAAGAAUAUAUGGCUAGCAGUAUGGAAGAUUCAAAGAAGGAAGAUGGUUCUGAUAAGAAAAUCUUGUCUGCUAUCAUCAAUAAAACAGUUAUUCCUCGACUUACAGACUUUGUAGAAUUCAUUUGGGAUCCCUUGUCGACCUCACAGACAACAAGUUUAAUAACACACUGCACAGUGAUUCUUGAAGAACUUUCCACUUGUGGAAAUGAAGUUAGUAAAGGCAAACAGGACUUACUUAAAUCCAUUGUUUUGAGAGUGAAGAAGGCAAUAGAAGAUGAUGUUUUUAUUCCUCUAUAUCCAAAGAGCACUAUAGAAAACAAAACUUCACCACAUUCAAAGUUCCAAGAAAGACAGUUCUGGUCGAGUGUAAAGCUUUUCCGCAAUAUUCUUCUUUGGAAUGGACUCCUCCCAGAUGACACGUUGCAAGAACUAGGACUCGGGAAGCUGCUGAAUCGCUACCUUAUGACAGCUCUUCUUACUGCCAGUCCUGGGCCAGAUGUUGUUAAAAAGUGCAGCCAGAUAGCAGCAUAUUUACCAGCAAAAUGGUUCCAAAGCUCUGCCAUGAGAACGUCUAUUCCCCAGCUAGAAAACUUCAUUCAGUUCUUGUUGCAGUCUGCACAGAAAUUAUCCAGAAGUGAAUUCAGGGAUGAAGUCAAAGAAAUAAUUCUUAUUCUGGUGAAAAUAAAAGCUUUGAAUCAAGCAGAAUCCUUCAUAGAAGAAUGUCACCUAGACCAUCUUAAAUCAGUAAUUAAAGAAGUUUGA